GAUGUAAGACUCACAGCAGACUGUUGAAGGACAGACAGAAGCAAGCGGCGAAGAAAACCGACUCACCUAAAGCAAGGCAUCAUGAAGACUCUGGCUCUCCUCUCCAUCUGCGCUCUUCUGUCACUGAGCUGGUCGUUGGCAGUGGUGGAACCCGAGGUCAUCGUGGACCCAGAAGCAGACGCUGCACCUGCAGACCCUACAGACACCGCCGACCCUGCCGCUGAUUCCUCCGCCUCAUCCUCCGCUUCAUCCUCCUCUUCCUCCUCUGAGUCCGACUCAGCCUCAUCUUCAGCAUCUGACUCUGCCUCCGACUCUUCGGCAUCCGAUUCUAACUCAAGCUCAGACUCGUCGUCCUCCUCCGAGUCCUCCGAGUCUUCUGAAUCCGCUUCCUCCGAGUCGUCCUCCUCUGAAUCUGACUCUUCUGCCUCCGACUCUUCAGCCUCUGAAUCUGCUGGAUCCGAUUCCUCCUCUUCGUCUUCUUCAUCCUCCUCAUCUUCAUCAGAGUCAGCCAGUGAGGAGGCCCCUCAAGUUGUUAUGAAGAGAGACCUGGCUGCCGUUCUUCUGAGGAGAAGAAGAGCUGCCACAGCUGGCGACCUCUCCCCUCUGCAGCUGGAAAGCCUGAGAGAGGUGUGCGAGCUGAACGACGCCUGCGAUGAGAUGGCCGACACUCAAGGCAUCGUUGCUGCAUACGUCGCUCACUAUGGACCGGUUCCCUUCUAAGCUAAAGACCUGUCUUCCUAUCCACAUAUGGACUGUUUUCUCUUCUAUCAUUUUGUUACAGGACAGUGAAGCGUCUCCCCUAAAUCCAGACAAGGAGCAGAAACACAAAACAGAUGGGUUUGGUCCAUGUUGUGAUGCUAGAUGGAGAAUGGUUUUUGGAACAAAUGGUUGCACACUGGACCACUCUGAGCGGUCCCGUAUGAAAAGGCCUCUUCCAGGCUUUCAGAGAGAGGCACAUGGAAACACAAGCCUGUGAAGUAUGAAGUAGCCCGCAUAGAUUUAAAUUAUUCUUUGCGUCUUUCGUAUCAAACGAUGAAUGGUGCUACAAGUGUAAAGCUAUUGUAUGUUAAUGUACUGAUGUUUUUAUAAUAUGCCUUAGUCUUACUUUAGCAGGUAGUGGAUGUAGUAAAGAGUUCUUAGACGUACUGUAGUCUUACUGAUAUUACAUUGAUAGUGGAAGUGUGCAGUGUGUGUGUGUGUGUGUUUGUGUGAGACACACAUGAAUUGUAAUAAUUUGCCUUAUGGUUUGAAAAUAAUAAAUUAUUUUAUUUU